CAAUAAAGGUUUAUUGCUAGGCUGUAUAAGAAGGACAGACGUGUGUUAGAAGCGGUGAGUUAGCAGGUUCGAGUGCUGCGAGUGUGAUGUCCAGAAGAGCGUGUGGUCUGUCGUCUGCGGAGCUGCUGCUCUCUGCGCUGCUGCUUCUGCUGUUCGUGGUUUGUGUGGGACUCAGCGCCGUCACCUGGCUCGCUCUAGACAGCACAGGUACGACACUGUCCCUCUCUGAUGAGCUCUGCUGGAGGCUGCAGGUGUUCUGCAGUGAUGUGUGUGAUGUUUCAGAUGCUGGAGGAGAGCAGAGCGGCUCAGAGUUCAGAGGGAUCCUCGUCAUCUCCAACGGAAGCGUCUUCACGGAGGAGCUGCUGGACAAACACAGCGACCGGUUCAAAGCUCUGGCGUACGACAGCGAGCAGAAGAUCAGUGACGCUUACAGUCGUACUUCGCUUAAAGAGCAGUUCAGAAGCUGCAAGGUCAACGAGUUCAGUGAAGGCAGCGUGCUGGUGUUUUUCGAGCUGGUCUUCCGAGGCGUUCUGGACUCACAGACGGCUCAGGAGCAGUUAGUGGAUGGUUUACAGCAGGCUUCACAUGAUGGACUCGUGAUCGACACCCACAGUGUGCAGGUCACAGAUAAACCAGCUACAACCCAGAGAGCGUCCACAGCAGGAGCAGUGAGUUGUCCAGAAGGACAGAAGGCUUGUGCUGAUGGGUCAGCAUGUGUUCCUCAGUCGGACUUCUGUGACGGAGUACAGAGCUGCGCUGACAGCACCGAUGAGCAGCACACUCUCUGUGCAACAGAGUGUGACGGUCAGUUUCUUCUGCUCGGAGCGACCGGAUCCUUCCACUCAAAACACUUUCCCGAGGUCUAUGACAGUCCCACGGCCUGCCAUGAAGAGAAGAUAAACUGCUCCUUUGAAGAGAACUUCUGUCACUGGAGGCAAGAUUUUAAUGACGACGGCGACUGGCUUCGAGCACAAGGCGCUACUGUCCCUCCUGACACCGGCCCAAGCUUCGACCACACGACCGGAGACCAAUCAGGGUACUACAUUGUGACCCCUCGGACCCCUGGAAGUCAGGAUAAAAAAAUCCGUAUAUACAGUCUUCCUCUGACUCCUACAAAGGAAUCAGUGUGUCUGCAAUUCUGGUAUCACAUGUUUGGCGAGGAGGUUUGGCGUCUGACGGUCACGGCACAGGAAAGCUCAUCCGUCACCGUCCUCUUCCAGAAAGAAGGGAACUAUGGUGACAGCUGGAACUACGGUCAAGCCACGCUAAACAUCACUGCGGAGGCUGUGCUGGUGUUUGAGGCGCAGAAGAGGGCAGGGUUUCUGAAUGACAUUGCUCUGGAUGAUAUCAGCGUAGCACCUGGUUCUUGUGGAGCGGGCCCUCCGGAGCCGACCCCGGUCCCUCCUCCCAUCACUCCUCCUCCUAUACCAGAGGAUUGUUGGGGACCGUUUGACCUGUAUGAACCCAACUCGACAUUCAGCUCUCCAAACUACCCCAACGGCUACGGACACAAAGCUUCAUGUAUGUGGACUUUACAUGCUAAGGAAGGACAGAAUAUCCAGCUGCAUUUUCAAGACGUUGCUUUAGAGAUGGCUUAUGACAUUUUAGAAGUUCGAGAUGGAGCGACGCCCUACUCAGAGCUGCUAGGUGUCCUAACUGGGGUUCGUUCCUUCCCGGAUCUGUUUUCCACAAGCUCUCAGAUGACAGUCAUGCUUUUCACAGAUGCCUCGGGCAACAACAGAGGCUUUCUAGCCAACUUUAGCACAGGCAUUAACCUCGGGCAGCCAGAUCCGUGUCCCAGCGGUCAGUUUCAGUGCGGCACAGGAGUGUGUGUGUCCAGCUCAGGUGUGUGUGACGGAGCAGAAGACUGCUCUGACGGCUCUGAUGAAGCUGACUGUGUGCAUAUAAUCAAAGAGAACGUCACUGCAGCUGAACGACUGAGACUUCAGGUCCAGGAUCAUCUUUACACGGUGUGUGCUCAAGAUUGGAGCUCUCAGCUCUCACACUUCUUCUGCCGCUACCUGGGCUACAGGUCAGGAGAUGCUUCGUUCUCCAGCAUUGCGGAUGGAGAUGCUCCCUUUACUACUGUAAGUGUGAAUACUAACGGCUCUCUGGAUCUGAAACCCAGUGACACGUGCCUCGGCGGGAAGAUCGUGUCGCUGCUCUGCAACAAUCAGCCAUGUGGCGCACGUAAAGUCCCCUUAAACAGUGAGACUAGAAACGGAAACAAGGCAGGUCGAGUGGUGGGCGGUCAGGACGCUCAGAAAGGGGCGUGGCCAUGGAUAGCAUCUCUGCGCUGGUUGGGCGGUCACGUGUGCGGAGCCACUUUGAUUGACAGCGAAUGGCUGAUCACAGCCGCACACUGUGUUUAUGGAAAGAACGUGCACCUGUCAAACUGGGCGGCGGUGCUGGGUCUUCACUCUCAGUUCGGCUCGGAUAACCCCGGCAGACAAACACAUCUGAUCGACCGCGUGAUCAUGCACCAGCGCUAUAACAGAAGAACCAAGGAGUCGGACUUUGCUCUGAUGCACUUACAGACGCCUGCCAACUUCACAGAUUACGUGCAGCCCAUCUGCCUCCCAGAUCCUGGAGCUGAGAUUGAAGAAGGGAGAGAGUGUGUUAUUGCUGGCUGGGGACUGACGGCUGAAGAUGGCUCCAGAGCCGAUGUGUUACAGGAAGCCGUUGUGCCGCUUUUAAGCAACAAACAGUGUCAGGAAUGGCUUCCGGAGUACAACUUCACCGAGCGAAUGCUGUGCGCCGGCUUCGCUGAAGGAGGAGUGGACUCCUGUCAGGGGGACUCUGGCGGGCCGCUGAUGUGUGAAGAGGCCGCUGGUUGGGUUCUGGUCGGCGUCACGUCGUUUGGCAUCGGCUGUGCUCGACCGCAGCGGCCCGGAGCGUACGCUCGCGUCAGUCUCUUCGUUCAGUGGCUGGCAGAGAACCGCCGCAUCUGCUCCGACUGGAGAGGCUUCUGAUCGUUCUCCCAGCAAUUCAUCUUUUAUAUA